AUGCAUCACAAACGUCCCAUAGCAUUCCUAUGCUUAUGUUUCCUCUAUCUCUUGCCCCUCGCAUCAGUCUCCCAGGCCCAUGUCGGACUCUUGCGCCCCUGUUCUCGUGGAAGCCCUCGCGCUGGCUGCCCGCCUGUCUCAAAUGGCCAGUACAUAGAUUAUGACCUCAACUCCCCGAUCGGAACCCACGACAUCAAGAACGCGCCCCUGUGCAAGCAGACCAUUGCAUCCGCCACCCGCACCACCGUCCAGGCUGGCCAGGACCUCAAAACCGAGUACUCUAUCGGCGCUACCCACGGAGGUGGACACUGUCAGUGGGCUCUGUCGUAUGACAAUGGCAAGACCUGGGUUGUGCUCAAGACCCUGAUCCGUCGCUGUCUCCAGAACGCCAGCGCAUCCUACUCUGUCGACGUCCCAAUCCCUAAGAACGCACCCAACGGCAAGGCGAUCUUCAUGUGGCUCUGGAACAACGCCAUCGGCGACCGUGAGCUGUACUCCAACUGCGCGGACAUCACGAUCAAGGGCGGUGUCAACGGCGGAAGCUUGAAGGGUGUUGCUCCCUUGAUCGCCAACUACGGUAACUCGAGUCUUUUGAUUCCCGAGUUCGGAAGCCCUGGACAGGAUGAUAAGCAUGAGGCAUUUGCACAGCGAAAAUCGGUCACCGUUUCUGUGUGCUAG